AAGAACCUUCCUAAUAAUAAUUUAACAAUAAGUUUCACAGAGAUCGAUUUGUAGCAGCAAUAUGAGUGACGGUAGCCGGUGGAACCCAGCCGACAUCGAGGUUGGGGAGGAAGGAAGCAGCAAAAAGAACCUAGAAUCGCUAAAGGAGCAACUGAAGGUGGUCGACAAUCUUAAGGAGAAAGGAGAGGCUUUAUUAGAAAAGAUUUACGGAGAUGGUUCCCACGACCAUACCAUCUUCAAGUGCGAGCGCAAAGCAGAUGGUCGAGGAGGACCUCCUGAGCCGAAAGCAGUGGCGAUCGGGCCGUACCACCGCAACUGCAAGAACCGGCUGACGUUCGGCGAUGAUUACAAGUUGGAGAUCACUAGGUUUAUGGUCCAGUACUGUGGGCUUGAUGCAGAGGAGUAUCUCAACAAGAUGGAGGAGAAAGAAAACGAUGUUCGCAGCUGCUACGACAAAGAUUUAUCUGACUGGAGCAACGAAGAGUUCCAAAGGAUGCUGCUGCUCGACAGCUCCUUCAUACUAUUCAUGAUGGAUGGAUUCUACAAGAGGAAUUUAGUGCCCGCUAACUUGUUCACGGAGUAUAUGGCUUUGCAUCUAGAAAUAAGGGAGCAUUCGGAGCAGAUCAAGCUCGACAUGUUGACGGUCGACAACCAGAUUCCAUUCUUCACCAUCGAGAGACUGCUAGGUUGCUUCCCUCAAGGCAGCAGCAUCCGUAAGGAAUCGGUCGAAGAAUUAGCUUUGUGGUGCUUCGACGAUCUCUGGCCCAUGAAGAACGAAGAACAAGUUUUAGGAGAAAAGAGGAAUGAAGAACAGGAUUUAGUAAAUAAAAGGAACGAAGAAAAUGAUUUAGAAAAGAAAAGGAAGGAAGAACAGGUAAUAAGGAGGGGUGUGGCUCAGUUCCUUUUUUAUCGGCUUCGCCUUUUCGAUCUCUGGUCGAGGAUACGGGUAACGGGUAUUGGAGUGCCUUGGUUCCUAGAAGAACAGGAAACGAGUAGGGACGCGCCUGAUCGGUUCCACCAUCUGCUCCACCUUUUUCACUGGUCUCGGAUACCGAAGGAAGGAUACGAAAUUGACUUCCAAACGAGGGGCCUUGGAAGAUGGCAUUAUAAGAAUGCUUCGAAACAAUAUAUUCCGAGCGCUACAGAGCUCCGAAAAUCCGCUACAAAGUUCAAGAAGAAAGACUUAGGCAGCUGCCUGGACGUUACAUUCAACCGCAGAUUGACGUUCGUAACCGGGGUGAUCAAUAUCCCGGUAUUGCAGCUUUACGAUUACAGCGAACCAAUCUUCCGCAACCUUAUUGCGUUUGAGGCGACUCCGACAAACAGAGUGCUCUGCUUCACGGCCUACACGCAGUGCAUGUCUCGCAUGCUGCAGCAAGAGGACGAUGUGAAGCUGUUGAGGGAGCGCCGGAUAAUAGCGAGCACUAGCUAUAACAAUGCCGACGUGAUCAGAUUCUUCAAGGACAUGAAUGCGGAGAUCGAAGAUAUCGAGAUGCCGUACACUCUGCUCGUACUUUACGACGACAUCACCAAUCAUUACAACAGUCGAAUCAGCAAAUGGUGGGGGAACUUCAUGUUGCAGUACUGCCCCAAUUUUUGGGUCGCUCUUUCACUCGUCGCUGCUAUCGUGCUCUUUGCUCUCUCAUUUCUUCAGGCCUUGUACGGCAUGCUCUCCUAUUAUGCGCCUAAGAAAAAUAAAUAAAAAAGCUAGGGCUAGCUGCCGUAUGCGGUUGGCCCAAUAUAAAAAAACCCCUCAAUCAUAGGCAAAUAUGAAAUAGUCCCUCAGCUAUAUAAAAUUAAUUCCUUAAUUUUAAAAUGUUUAAAAUUAAAUAAUUUUGGUGAAAUAAAUUUGGAGAUUUCAUCAAGUGUGUUAGUAAUUUCAUUAAUUUCAAAUAAUUUUAAUUAUUUUGGAAAAUCAAAUGAGAAUAAUUAAUUAAUAGCUAAGGGGCAAGAAAAUAAAAAUAAUAAGUGUUUUGGACUGUACUACCAGUGUGAAAUUGUGCCGAGUCUGCCGACGUGUACGAUGGUUGAUUCCUACUUUUCUUGAAUUGUAUUCUAUGUAGAAGUGAGUUUGUAUGGCUGCA